AUGAAACUGUUUCUAUCUCUACUCCUCCUCCUCCUCUUCGUCGAACUAUCGCCGCCGGUGGUUUCUCAUUACUCAUCCUCGACAUCUUCUCCUUCAUCUUCCUCCGUCUCUUCCGACGCAUCCGAAUGGCGUCCAGCUCGAGCCACCUACUACGCCGCUUCGAAUCCUCGAGACGCGGUGGGCGGUGCGUGUGGAUACGGAGAUCUAGUCAAAUCCGGGUACGGUAUGGCUACGGUAGGUCUGAGCGAGACUCUGUUUGAGCGCGGUCAGAUCUGCGGCGCUUGUUUCGAGCUCAGAUGUGUCGAUGAUCUCCGUUGGUGUAUCCCUGGAACUUCAAUCAUCCUCACGGCUACGAAUUUCUGCGCUCCUAAUUACGGAUUCGAUCCCGACGGUGGUGGUCACUGCAACCCUCCGAACAAACAUUUCGUGCUGCCGAUUGAAGCGUUUGAGAAAGUCGCUAUCUGGAAAGCUGGGAACAUGCCGGUGCAGUAUCGAAGGAUCAAUUGUAGAAGGGAAGGGAGCAUUCGGUUUACAGUCGACGGUGGAGGCAUUUUCAUUUCAGUUCUAAUCACCAAUGUUGCGGGAUCAGGUGAUGUAGCUGCUGUGAAGAUCAAAGGGUCAAGGACCGGGUGGUUACAAAUGGGUCGUAAUUGGGGACAGAAUUGGCAUAUCAAUGCCGAUCUCAAGAACCAAGCUCUCUCCUUUGAAGUUACUGCUAGUGACAGAUCAACUGUGACAGCUUACAACGUCGCUCCUAAAACCUGGAAUUACGGACAGACCUUUGAAGGGAAACAAUUCGAGACUCCGUAG